AGCGCCACAAUCUUUACUAAGUGCGCAACUGUUUUGGAGAGGAUGAUUGCGAGUAACAAGGCAGUAGCUCAAGCAGCCGAAGUAGAAGAGCAACAACAAGCAAGCGUAGGAUGUCGUAAUAGUUAGUUACCUGCGCCUCGGUCUCAUACUGAUUAUCACACCCAGUUUCACGCGAGAGCCGUGUGUGUAAGAUUGUGGGUCCUUUUCUACCGCUGAGCUCUGAGAAGGCGACGUGCAAAUCCCAUCCAGAUUGAGGGAUGCCCUGCAAGCACCAUUGCAGCUCUAGUGCCAUGUACGUCGGAGUCGUGGACUUUAUGGCUUUUGCUUAGUUGGUUGCGAUCGGUGGUGUACGUCGGGUGGGGUUGGCGUCGAUGUCGGUGUGUAGGUGAUGGGGUUGGUGCGAUGGGAUGGGAUGAGAGGGAUGAGUUUGCGUUUUGGAGCGUUUGGUGUUGGUUUUAUAGCUGUAGUGAAUUGGAGUGAAUCGGGGUUUUGUUUACAGUGGUGGCCUUGCGCUUGUGGGUUGUGAUCGCAGAUGAAGAGCCCGCGUUCCUAUCUGGCGCUACUAGUGGCCAACUUUGAACCCCUUUAGAUACAUUUCUUGAAUUCUUAGAGGUGUUUAGAGUUGGGCUUUGGUUCCCAUUAGUGUUUGUGUUGGCAACGCACUUCUCCUUCUCUCUCUUGAUCGGUUUUAUAACGUUGACAGAGUCGGAGAACUUGUGCCGUUCUUUUUUCUUGGUUUAUAUACUUGUCUGUCGUUCAAUUGAUCCAGUUGUCAUCGUGUUAAAUUCGGCUCUCUGUCUUCUUGUUUUUGGCGCUGCUCUCAUUUCCCUGCCUUGCGAUCGGUCAAAGGCAUGGAAGUUUGAAAUUGUAGUGGCUGGUUCGAUCGUUGUUUUGGAAAGGCCGUACAAUUUCUGAAACUAGUCACAAUUCUGUGGGUCGUCUUUCACUGCCGUUGGAGUCGGCAUGCUUGUAAUCGAUUCGACAAGAUAUCGUGAGGAAUACUCUGUUACUUACGAUUAAGCACGUGAGAGGUUUGUAUCCCUUCAAUGGCCGCCACCGAUAUUUCCAACACUCUGUCGCUGAGUUGCAAGAAGUCCAACGCCGCACUCCCCCACACUAGCAGAGUCUCCGCCCCUGAUCGCAGCGCCACUGGGAAGCUCAAGCGGAUGCCGCAUUUGUUCACACGCAUUCUGGAGCUUCCCUUGCACGCUGAGACGCCAGUGAAGGUCGUCGAAUCCCGUGAUUCCUUCCAAUUUGAAAUGCAGCAACCAGGAUCAGCCGUAGAUAAUGUGAAGGUUGAAGUCCUAGAAAUUGUACCUGGUGCAACCAAAGUCCUUGUUCGCGGAGUCGAGCGCUCCUCACCCGACGUGGACAUUUCAGAUGUGGAUCUCUGGCGCUUUCGGCUGCCUCCUACGACUCUGCCUGAGAAGUCAUUUGCGCGCUAUGACCAUGGGACCCUUUUCAUAACGAUCCCCAAGGUUUUGGUGUCCUGUCAAGAGAAUCCCGACGCGAAAGAAAACGGAAGCACUCAUUCGGACACUUCGUUGUGCGAAGCCCGUUGUGAAAACAACAGCUUUCAAGGUUUGUCCAGCGCAGAAUUGGGUCAACUCGAGACCGACGAAGAGAGAAUGCAACGAGAGGUGCUGGAAGAUCUCGAAUCCUUCGGAAGUCCCAGGAAGACGCGGCUGUCACCGCGUGCCAGUAACAGAGGCUUCACCCCUCAGCCAGUGAUGUCGCACUCCGAUCUUGAGAAGACGAAAGAGGCGCUGGAAGAUCUCGAGUGCUUCGGCAGUCCAAGACGGAGCCGAAGCGCCAGCUGCACACAAUCCUUUGAGAGCCACAGCAUCGGACCCCAUCAAGAAUUCUUCCGGAGUGUGGGAUCAUUGGCGGGUGGCCUCUCUGUCUAUGUACAAUAAUAUGCACAACCCAACCUUCAAAGGUAAUGUGUUCGUCGGAAUUUUUCCAAGCUCUGCUUCAAGAACCCAUGUAUUUUCUUGCGAGUAGCUAGUUUUGGAGCUCUGUAUCGCCUGAGGAUCUGUUCGAGCAAGGUAGCAGUAGUGUACAUUCUUAUCUCAGCAAGACACAAGGUGUAAGAUAAAUAGUGAGGAGGGUAGGCUUGCUGUAGGAUUAUCUGCCGUGCCUCGGUGUACCAAGCUCAGGAGUAGUCGAUUUGGUUUGCGGCUGCUCAUUUGAAGCGGAAAGUGUGGAGGGAUUAGGAGCUUCUAGUGUAGUGAGAACUAAACUGGUUACUAGAUACCUUGCCUGGUGUUCACGACAAGUUUUACUUAAGCAAACAACCCAGGUUCUCAA